GGGAGGGGAGGAGUGGAGAGGAGGCGCGGCGCGGCAAUAAAAGCAGUAACAGCAAUAAUAGCAAUUUUGUAGCUGCAAAAUAAUAGCUACUGUUGUUAUUGUUAAUUAUAACAAUAACUAGUAUUUUAUCUUUACCAUUAAGUCGUUAAGAAGCGGCUAUUUUUUUUUUCUAAAAUAGGCUUCGCAUGAUCGAAAACAGUCGUCAGAAAUCUCCUCCGCAAUUAAUCUCUCUUUGAUCAGUAUUUAACGUCCUUUUCCACGUAUUUUUAUAAGGUAUUGGCUGUGAGCGUGGGCGAUUUUUCUGUGGUCCCCUAAAAAAAAGCAGGUAAAAAAAGCAGGUACGAAAUGGCGAAGGACGCUGAGAAGAGCAGCGGAGCGGAGGCGGACGAUUGGAAGGAGUUCGUGUGGAACCCGCGGACCCACCAGUUCCUGGGUAGGACGGCGAGCAGCUGGGGUCUGAUUCUGCUCUUCUACCUGAUCUUCUACGUGAGCCUGGCUGGCAUGUUUGUCCUCACCAUGUACAUCAUGCUGCUCACGCUGGACGAGUACAAGCCCACCUACCAGGACAGGCUGGCGACGCCAGGCCUGAUGAUCCGGCCCAAGGGCGACUCGCUGGAGAUCGUCUACAGCAUGAAGGACACCGAGAGCUGGGACCAUUAUGUCCAAACUCUGGAUGACUUCCUGGCCCCGUACAACAACUCCCAGCAGGUGAUGAACAACGACGUUUGCUCCCCGGACCAGUACUUCGUGCAGGAGGACAGCGGGGAAGUUCGCAACAACCCCAAGCGCUCGUGCCAGUUCAACCGCACCAUGCUGGAGGAGUGCUCUGGCAUCGUCGACCGUUACUAUGGCUACCGCGACGGCAAGCCCUGCAUCCUCAUCAAGCUUAACCGGGUCAUCGGGAUGUUCCCCGGGAAGAACGGCGUGUCUCCGUACGUCACCUGUGGAGCCAAGAAAGAAGACAGGGACAAGAUCGGGGAGCUCAUGUACUACCCGCCCAACGGCACCUUCAACCUCAUGUAUUUCCCCUACUAUGGCAAGAAGGCGCAGGUGAAUUACACCCAACCCCUGGUGGCCGUCAAGUUUGCUAACGUGACCCUGGACACGGACGUCAACGUUGAGUGCAAGAUCAACUCAAACGCCAUCAAGACUCAGAGCGACAGAGACAAGUUUGCCGGACGCGUCGCCUUUAAACUGCGCAUCAAUUCGAAUUAAGGGGCAGAACUGCCACCCCUGCCUCC